AUGAUCCCGGAACCGUUUUCGAUUACUACUGGCGUUCUUGGUAUUAUUGGAUUUCUCAACCUUGCCCGAGCAGGCGCACAAGCCCUAUACAAAGAUGUCCAGGCAUACCAAGAUGCUCCGAAAGAUGUGUUGAAAUUUUCGAAAGAUGCCAACUUGGUUGAGUAUCGGAUCGACCUUUGGAAGCGUGCUUGGCUCAUUAGGCCUGAUUCGCACCAGGAUUGGCCUGUGGAACUUUGGGGUGAACGUGGCUGGGAGUCCAUCUGCCACCUGAUCGAUACACUCGAGUCUCUCUCCCGGUCUAUCGACGAUAUGUUCGAGCCAUAUCUCCAGGAGUUUGUGGCCGACCAGCCUAUGGCCAGUACUUCAGGUGGCAACCACGCGAGCGCUCCCUCCAUAGCUGCCGAUGCCCUGAGGAGGAGGGCAAUGGAUAAGGGCAACAAAGAUCGCCUGGCAGCCAGAAUAUUCUGGCUCCAGAAGAUUUCAUACGCUCUAGCGAACAGAGAAAACCUCAAGACACAUUUCGACCAAUACAAAGGAUUGAUCGAUAGCCUUCGCAGCAUGAGCAAGGAGGCAUACUUUGAGUGUCACAACGUUGCCCGGUGCAUUACAAACCGGGAGAGGAGGGAGAUGACGAUCAAAAGUAUGCUUGUUGCCCAGGCUCUCAAAACAAGAGACGCCUCAUGGGCGCUGCAUCACUCCUGCAAAAGUGCCGGAAAAGGUGUAGUGGAGUUGGAACUCAGCCUCCUACGAUGGAAAUUGAAUGAGAACACGGGGCGACCCUUCCACUCCGGCAUUCCAGAACGACUGUGUUACUAUGUGACACUGACACCAGACGCUCCCGACUCUCCCGCAGAACCACCAGGUGGUGCACCUGAGCGCAAGCUCGAGCUGCUGUUUGAAAGGCGCAAUAGUUCGCCAAUGCAAUGCAUCGCAUCAUUCGCGGAAGUUUGCGCGGCGCUUAGCGACAAUCAAACCGCGUAUCUGCGCUGUCCAUGUGUUUCCGAAACCCAACCGAAUCAAAGGCUCAUAUUCAAGUGCUGCACAUCAGACGAUCCGUUCGCCUCUAACGAGCGCCGACAAUCGAGCCUAAAAGACCUUAUAACCAGCUCGGCAACAAGAGCUCAGCUUUCGGAGAUGUCGUUACGGGACAGGGUUGAAGCAGCUUACGUAUCGCAGAAUGCAGUUUCCUACUGCUAG